ACACUGAAGACACUACAGUGCUACUCUACUCACUUUCUCACUGCUCAUCUACUCUCCAGAGCUCCAGGGUUUGUCAAGAAGGUGCCAAUUAAAAGAAGCGGACGCGCAAACUGCCUUGGACAUUGUUAAACCGAAUAAAUUAAUCGAUCAUUUUCCUGACAGGGAGACAUUCUUCGCAAGUACAUCUGAAAAUCCCAAGGUGCUUUCUUAUAAAACCUUCUCCCAAGUUUGAACCGAGCUUUUUUUUUGCCAUUAGGCCGCGAAAAGUUUACGCGCAUUUUUAACACACAAGUGCCACCGAAGUAUAUAAAAGGCAUCAUGAUGAGCAAUAACUACGGGGAAGAGCCGCUGCCUCCACAGUACUACCAGGCCGCGGACUACGGGGACGAGGAGGACGACGAGAUGCCCGCCACGGAGAAGGAUCUGGCUGAGGAUGCGCCGUGGAAGAAGAUCCAGCAGAACACGUUUACCAGGUGGUGCAACGAGCAUCUCAAGUGCGUCAACAAGACCGUCACCGACCUGCAGAAGGAUUUUAGCGACGGUCUCAAGCUCAUUUCGCUCCUGGAGGUGCUGAGUCAAAAGAAAAUGUACCGGAAGCAUCACAGUAGACCCAACUUCAGACAGAUGAAGUUGGAAAAUGUAUCAGUGGCGCUGGAGUUCUUGGACAGGGAAAGAAUUAAACUGGUGUCUAUAGAUAGCAAAGCAAUUGUGGACGGAAAUCUGAAGCUGAUCCUGGGUCUUAUCUGGACUCUCAUUCUGCACUACUCCAUCUCCAUGCCCAUGUGGGACGACGAGGAUGAUGAAGAGACGAAGAAACUCACCCCCAAACAGCGACUGCUCGGCUGGAUUCAAAACAAAGUGCCUCAGCUGCCCAUCACCAACUUCAACAAGGACUGGAGAGAUGGAAAGGCUCUUGGAGCUCUGGUGGACAACUGUGCCCCCGGUCUGUGUCCUGAUUGGGCAGAGUGGGACCCUAACAAGCCUGUGCAGAAUGCCAAAGAAGCCAUGCAACAAGCAGAUGACUGGUUGGGUGUGCCUCAGGUGAUUGCCCCUGAGGAGAUUGUGGACCCAGAUGUGGAUGAGCACUCCGUCAUGACCUACCUGUCUCAGUUCCCCAAGGCCAAGCUCAAACCCGGUGCUCCUCUGCGUUCCAAGCAACUGUUCCCCAAUAAGGUCAAAGCCUAUGGACCUGGUAUUGAGCCCCAUGGUAACAAAGUCUUGCAGCCUGCUGUCUUCACUGUGGACACCCUGGAGGCCGGCAGCGGUGAGGUGCUGGUCUAUGUAGAGGAUCCUGAAGGACACAAAGAGGAGGCCAAGGUUAAACCAAACAGAGACAAGAGCCAAACAUACACAGUCACUUAUCUGCCCAAAGUCGAGGGUCUCCACAAGGUGAAAGUAUUGUUUGCAGGUCAGGACAUUGAUAAAAGCCCUUACUCUGUCAAUGUGGCUAAAGAUAUGGGUGACCCCAAUAAAGUUCAUGCCAGAGGACCAGGCCUGGAGCCCACUGGGAAUGUGGCCAACAAACCCACCUACUUUGACAUAUACACGGCAGGUGCUGGCAAUGGAGAUGUGAGUGUGGUCAUAGUGGACCCUCAGGGCAAAAAGGAUACAGUGGAGUUGAUUUUAGAAAACAAGGGCGACAGUGUGUUCCGCUGCACCUACAGGCCCGUGCUGGAGGGCCCACACACCAUCCAUGUCCUGUUUGCGGGACAGGAGAUCCCCAAGAGCCCUUUCACUGUCAACAUCGCAGAGGCUACACAAGGUGCUCCUCCCGUGGGAGCUCCACAGCAGAUAGCACCUCAGUCAAUGCGCGCCCCUCCUGGAGGUGGGAAGGGGGCAGUCCCCUCAAAACCUGGCCGCCCAACUAUCAACCCAAAUGCCUGCCGAGCUACAGGCAGAGGUCUACAGCCUAAAGGGGUGAGAGUAAAGGAGGUUGCAGACUUCAAAGUCUUCACCAAGGGAGCUGGCAGCGGAGCACUGAGCGUCUCCGUCAGAGGACCUACGGGAGCAGAGGAGCAAGUCAAGGUUCGUGAUGCAGGAAAUGGAGUAUAUGAGUGUGAAUAUUACCCACAGAGGCCUGGCAAAUACACUGUCACCAUCACAUGGGGAGGGCAGCCCAUCCCACGCAGUCCCUUCGAAGUGGAGGUGGGUCCCGAGGCAGGCUUCCAGAAAGUAAGAGCCUGGGGACCUGGUCUGAAGACGGGCAUGGUUGGAAAGUCUGCAGACUUUGUGGUGGAGGCUAUUGGCACUGAAGUUGGAACUUUGGGCUUCUCCAUUGAGGGUCCCUCUCAGGCUAAAAUUGAGUGUGAUGACAAAGGUGAUGGCUCUUGUGAUGUACGAUAUUGGCCCACUGAGCCUGGUGACUACGCUGUUCAUGUCAUUUGUGAUGAUGAGGACAUUAAGGACAGCCCCUUCAUCGCACACAUCCUCCCUGCCGCAAAUGAUGUCUUCCCUGAAAAGGUGAAAGCUUAUGGACCUGGGCUGCAGCCAACGGGUGUGAUCGUCAACAAACAAACUGAAUUUACCAUUGAUGCUCGCAUGGCUGGAAAAGGUCAACUGAAGAUCUAUGCCCAGGAUGCAGAGGGAAACUCCAUCAACAUCAAGAUCACUGACAAGGGAGACAGCACAUUCCACUGUGUGUACACUCCACUCAAGCCCAUUAAGCACACCAUCAUCAUCACCUGGGGCGAAGUCAACGUGCCCAACAGCCCCUUCAGGGUUCUGGUUGGAGAGGGCUCUCAUCCCGACAGAGUCAAGGUCUAUGGGCCUGGAGUGGAGAAGACAGGCCUCAAGGCUAACGAGCCAACAUACUUCACUGUAGACUGCAGUGAGUCCGGCCAAGGGGACAUCAGCAUUGGUAUCAAGUGUGCUCCGGGCGUGGUAGGGCCAGCGGAGGCUGACAUCGACUUUGACAUCAUCAAAAAUGACAAUGACACCUUCACCGUCAAGUACACUCCCCCUGCCCCUGGACGUUAUACUAUUAUGGUCUUGUUUGCUGACCAGGAAAUCCCUGUUAGCCCAUUCAAAGUCAAAGUGGAUCCUUCCCAUGACGCUGGCAAAGUGAGAGCUGAGGGUCCCGGACUGAAUAAGACAGGCGUAGAAGUAGGCACUCCAACUCACUUCACCAUCUACACAAAGGGAGCUGGUAAAGCUAAGCCUGAGGUGCAUUUCGCGGCAUCAGCCCCAGGAGAGGCUGUUCGUGACUUUGAAAUCAUUGAUAAUCAUGACUACUCCUACACUGUCAAGUAUACUGCACUUCAACAGGGGAACAUGGCUAUUACAGUAUUGCAUGGAGGUGAUCCUAUUCCCAAGAGCCCCUUCCACAUCACAGUGUCACCCCAGCUGGAUUUGACAAAGGUUAAAGUCGAAGGAUUAGAUACCAAAGUGGAGGUCGGAAAAGAUCAGGAGUUCACUGUAAACACAAAGGGUGCUGGUGGGCAGGGCAACGUAGGCGUGAAGAUGACCUCACCUUCUGGCCGACCAAUCCCCUGCAAGAUGGAGUCGGAUCAAGCCAAAGGCAUCCACAGUGUGAAGUAUAUCCCCCCGGAGGAGGGGCAUUACAAGGUUGAUGUCAGCUAUGAUGGCAAUCCGGUGAUGGGCAGCCCCUUCGGAGUUGAAGCUGUGAUGCCUGCUGAUCCUUCAAAGGUCCGAGCUUAUGGCCCCGGCCUUAAGGGAGGUGUUGUGGGUAAACCUGCUCCCUUUACAAUUGACACAAAAGGUGCAGGAGCUGGUGGUCUGGGUUUGACAGUGGAAGGUCCCUGUGAAGCUAAGAUUGAAUGCCAGGACAAUGGAGACGGCACCUGCUCCGUGGCCUACCUGCCCACAGAGGCUGGUGAAUACGCUGUUAACAUCCUAUUCGCCGAGAAGCACAUCCCUGGAUCUCCUUUCAAAGCUGCCAUUCGCCCUGCAUUUGACCCCAGCAAAGUGACUGCUAGUGGGCCCGGCCUGGACAGGGCAAAAGCUGGUGAACCUGCCACUUUUACUGUGGACUGCACACGAGCUGGAGAUGGGGAGCUCACCAUUGAGAUUGUGUCGGACACCGGAGUUAAAGCCGAGGUGCACAUUCAGAAAACAGCAGAAGGCACUUUUUCUGUCACGUACAUCCCAUCUUUCCACGGUACUCACACCAUCACUAUCAAGUAUGGUGGUCAUGUGAUCCCUCAGUGUCCCAAAGUCCUUCAAGUUGAGCCCUCAGUGGAUACAGCUGGAGUUCAUGUCUACGGCCCUGGAGUAGAGCCUAGAGGGGUCCUUAGAGAAGUCACAACCCACUUCAUUGUCGAUGCUCGGGCUCUGAACAAGAUCGGGGGAAACCAUGUAAAAGUCCAUAUUAUGAAUCCUUCUGGAGCUAACACUGAGGCCUACAUCACUGACAAAGGAGAUGGCACAUACCGAGUGGAGUACACAGCAUUUGAGGAUGGGAUGCAUCUCAUUGAGGUGUUGUACGAUGACGCGCCUGUUCCCAAGAGUCCUUUCAGAGUGUCAGUGGUGGAGGGGUGUGAUCCCACUCGGGUACGCGCCUACGGACCAGGUCUGGAGGGAGGAAUUACUAACAAGCCCAACUGCUUUACUGUGGAGACAAGGGGUGCUGGUACAGGUGGUCUUGGUCUCACCAUUGAGGGCGCUUCUGAAGCUAAAAUAUCCUGCAAAGACAACAAAGAUGGCAGCUGCAGUGUGGAGUACGUCCCAUUCACUCCUGGAGACUACGAUGUCAACAUUAACUAUGGAGGUCACCCCAUUCCUGGCAGCCCUUUCCGUGUCCCGGUGAAAGACCCUGUGGACCCCACCAAAGUCAAAUGCUCUGGUCCAGGACUCGGAUCUGGAGUGAGGGCUCAUGUCCCCCAAACAUUUACGGUUGACUGUACUAAAGCAGGACAGGCACCGCUGGAUGUCAAACUCUAUGGUCCAACAGGUACUAUGGAGCCCGUUGGUGUGAAGAAUAAUGGUGAUGGGACACACACUGUCCAUUACACUCCAGCUCAGGAUGGCCCAUACACUGUAUCAGUAAAAUAUGCAGACCAGGAAGUCCCGCACAGUCCAUUCAAGGUGAUGUCUCAGCCCGGGCACGAUGCCAGUAAGGUUCGCGCCAGUGGUCCUGGUCUAGACACAAAAGGUGUGGCGGCCAGCCUGCCUGUUGAGUUCACCAUUGAUGCCCGUGAUGCUGGAGAGGGACUGCUUACAGUGCAGAUUUUGGUAAGAGCUACACUUUGCACCUCCUCUGUGCAUUUGAGUUAUACUGUAUGUCAGCAGCUUUUAAAACUCAUCAUUUUUCAUUGGCAGGAUCCUGAAGGAAAGCCAAAAAAUGCCACUAUCCAGGACAACAGGGAUGGCACCUACACAGUGUCAUAUGUACCUGACUCCACAGGACCAUACACAAUCACCAUUAAAUAUGGAGGAGAUGAGAUCCCCUACUCUCCAUAUCGCAUCCAGUCUCUUCCCACAGGGGAUGCCAGCAAGUGUCGGCUUACUGUGUCCAUUGGAGGGCACGGCAUGUCGAGUCUUCAGAAACUGCAAACCUCAGAGGACACAGUCAUCACUGUCGAUGCAAAGGCUGCUGGGAAAGGCAAGGUGACCUGUAAGGUGCAGACCCCACAGGGAAUGGAACUGGACAUGGAUGUGGUGGAGAAUCACGAUGGUACCUUUGACAUUUACUAUACCGCCCCUGAACCUGGGAAAUAUGUUAUUACCAUCCGCUUCGGGGGGCAGAACAUCCCCAAGAGCCCCUUCCAUGUGGUUGCCACAAAUGAGCCUGUCGCACCCCGUGAUACUGUGGACCCUCUUUUCCGUCCUGUUAAUUUCCUGGUCCCCUUCACGCCCCUUCAAGGAGAAAUCACAGGUGAAGUGCGUAUGCCUUCAGGCAAAACCGCCCGCCCGCAUAUCACUGACAAUAAGGAUGGCACCAUUACCAUCAAGUAUCAGCCCACAGAGAGGGGUCUGCAUGAGAUGGACAUUAAAUAUGAUGGCAACCACAUUCCAGGAAGCCCUUUGCAGUUCUUUGUAGAUGCGGUAAACAGUGGAGUGGUAACUGCGUACGGCCCAGGGCUGAGUUAUGGCAUGGUCAACAAACCGGCUACGUUUACUGUGGUCACCAAAAAUGCAGGAGAAGGUGGCUUAUCUCUGGCUGUGGAGGGUCCUUCCAAAGCAGAAAUCACCUGUAAGGACAACAAAGAUGGCACUUGCACAGUGUCCUACCUGCCCACUGCCCCGGGAGACUACAACAUCAUUGUUAAGUUUGACAACAAGCACAUUCCUGGCAGCCCCUUCACUGCCAAGAUAACUGGGGACGACUCCAUUACUAGGACAUCCCAGCUGAACGUGGGCACAUCAGCGGAUGUGUCGCUGAAGAUAGCAGAGACCGAUAUUAGCUCUCUCACUGCCAGUAUCAGAGCACCAUCAGGAAAUGAGGAGCCCUGCCUGCUCAAAAGGCUGCCCAACAGACACCUGGGUAUCUCCUUUACCCCGAAGGAGGUUGGAGAACAUGAAGUGAGCGUGAGGAAGAGUGGAUUGCAUGUCGCCAACAGUCCUUUCAAAAUUAUGGUCGGCCAAUCAGAGAUCGGAGAGGCCAGCAGAGUCAAGGCAUUUGGCAAAGGAUUGGUGGAGGCACACACUUUUGAAAUGGCUGAGUUCUUUGUUGAUACAAGAAACGCAGGUUAUGGCGGUCUAGCCUUGUCCAUUGAAGGUCCGAGCAAAGUAGAUAUCAACUGUGAAGAUGUAGAAGACGGGACAUGCAGAGUUACCUACUGCCCAACUGAACCUGGAAACUACACGGUUAACAUUAAAUUUGCAGAGAAGCACAUCCCAGGCAGUCCAUUCACAGUGAAGGUGACCGGUGAAGGAAGGAUCAAAGAGAGUAUUACUAGAAAGAGGCAAGCGUCCUCCAUAGCUUCUGUGGGCAGCACAUGUGGGCUUAACCUCAAGAUCCCAGGAAACUGGUUCCAGAUGGUGUCCGCUCAAGAGAGACUUACAAGAACUUUUACAAGAAGUAGCCACACUUACACACGAACCGAGCGCACAGAAAUCAGCAAGACCCGCGGGGGGGAGACCAAGAGGGAGGUCCGGGUGGAGGAGAGCACCCAGGUGGGGGGAGGAGGCAGCCCCUUUAGAGACGUCUUUGGAGAUUUCCUGGGCAGAGAGAGUCUCAGCAGUUUUGCAGGGAUCACAGCUAGACCAGAAGUUGAAAGUGGCUCACAAGCAAUGACCGCACAAGUGACGAGCCCCAGUGGCAAAACAGCUGAUGCCGAUAUUGUGGACGGAGGAAGCAGCACCUACAGUGUUCGCUUUAUCCCACAAGAAAUGGGCCCCCACACUGUCAAUGUCAAAUACAGGGGUCAGCACGUUCCUGGGAGUCCCUUCCAAUUCACAGUGGGGCCAAUGGGUGAAGGAGGAGCACAUAAGGUCAGAGCUGGAGGUCCUGGUUUGGAAAGAGGUGUAGCUGGAGCACCCUCUGAAUUCAGUAUUUGGACCCGAGAGGCUGGUGCUGGUGGACUGUCCAUUGCCGUAGAGGGGCCGAGUAAAGCUGAAAUCUCUUUUGAAGACAGAAAGGAUGGUUCAUGUGGAGUGUCUUACAUAGUGAAGGAACCAGGCGACUACGAGGUGUCUAUCAAGUUCAACAACGAACACAUCCCUGACAGUCCAUUCAUAGUACCCAUCGCUACACUGUCUGACGAGGCCCGCAGGCUAACUGUCACCAGCAUUCAGGAUAAAGAUUUGAAGGUGAACCAGGAGGCUACAUUUAUGGUGCAGAGGAACGGAGCGAGGGGUGUGGUAGACGCCAAAGUGCACACCCCCUCUGGCUCUACUGAGGAGUGCUACGUCUCUGACCUUGACAGCGACAAAAGUGCCAUUCGAUUUAUUCCUCGAGAAAAUGGUGUCCAUGCUAUUGAUGUCAAGUUCAACGGGUGUCACAUUCCCGGAAGUCCUUUCAAUGUACGAGUUGGAGAUCUAGGACUCAUUGGAGAUCCGGGCAUGGUCACUGCACAUGGGCCUGGCCUGCUGGGAGGAACAACAGGUGUUCCUUUGGAGUUUGUGGUCAAUACUUGUAAUGCUGGCUCAGGAACCCUCUCAGUCAACAUCGACGGUCCCUCUAAGGUCAAAAUGGACUGUCGCGAGUGUCCGGAAGGCUACAAGAUCACAUACACACCAAUGGCUCCAGGCAACUAUCUCAUCACUAUUAAAUAUGGUGGACCGCAGCACAUCGUUGGCAGCCCGUUCAAGGCUAAAAUAACAGGUGUCAGAUUGUCAGGGGGUCACAGCCUCCAUGAAACCUCCUCUGUUUUGGUGGAAACAGUCACUAAAUCCUCCAAAGUGGGCGGGACCUUCAGCUCCUCUUCCUCCACUUCCACAUCGGCCAAAUUGGCGUCUGAUGCCAGCAAGGUGCUGUGCCGUGGAACAGGCCUGUCCAAGGCUGUCGUGGGGCAGAAAAACAAUUUUACAGUUGACUGCAGCAAAGCAGGUACCAACAUGCUGAUGGUGGGGGUGCACGGACCUCAUGCCCCCUGUGAGGAGGUGUAUGUAAAGCACAUGGGCAACAAGCUCUAUAAUGUCACAUACGCUGUCAAGGACAAGGGCAGCUACACUGUUAUUGUCAAGUGGGGCGACGACAACGUCCCCGGGAGCCCUUUCAAAGUGGCCGUACCUUAAAAUAAACUGCACCAAUUAGACCCCAUACCAGAAUACCAGACACCAAUGACAGCGCCACUUCUGUCUGUCCUUUUGCACGCUUCAGUGAAAACCUUACCAGUCACCUAUCACCGUCGCUCCUCCUGUCACUCCAAAUCAAAAUGCACUAAGGACAUUUGCCAACUCCAUGUCAAAAUAAUUGGUGCCAAAGUUUUGUAUUGUCUUCUGAUGUGCACCCUAAAUGUUUUGUGUGUAGAGUGAUUUUUUGCUCUCUUCAUGAAAUUCCCCUAAUUUUUUUUUUCAUUGCUGAUUUAUGUGAAGAUGUGUGUGAGUAAUUUGCUGUAUUCAGGUGUGUUAUAGUAUGCUUUUGUAUGAUUUCAGAAUGAGAAAGUGAUUUUUUGUUAUAUUAACCUAUUUUUUGCAGACCUAAUAAAGAUCCAUUGCUACCAAAUGCA